ACAACCAGCGGUGACUUCCCGCUGCUUCUCAGCGCUGAGAGUAGAGGCAGCUCCUCGCCUUGGUUUCCCCCACAUCAUCUUCUCGCGGUUCCCGUUCGGAGCACAAGAGGGAAAUAUCUCAGCAUUUCCUCACUGGAUGAAUGACUCUUUCUCCCCCUACACCCGCCCACUCCCGUCACUUGCCAACAAAUCGAGGUGGGGGGAAACUCAGUCGAAUUUAACUUCCCAAACGCCGAGGGGCUGUGAACAUACUUCCUGUGCUUGACAGAAAGCGGAGGGGAUGGGGGGCUGACUUUCAAACUGAACUGAAACGUUUCGCUUUUCAUUUGCGUUUACUUAUUUUAUGGGGUCCAAUUACUUUUUCUCUUUCGCAUUGACCAGCAUCUGCUGAGUCGCAAAGACUCAGAGGUAGAAAUAGGAGCGGCGCUCGGCGACUUCAACCGCGAUGUGUGAUAUGAUUUCAGACCAAUCGGCUGAGAAAAUCAGCAGAAUGAAAAAGUUGAGGAGAACUUUAUCGGAGAGUUUCAGCCGUUUGGCCUUGAAGAAGGAGGACAAUAGCUUCGAUGAGAUAUGCGUCGCAAAGAAGAUGUCUACAAGAAAUUCUCAGGCUAUGGAUUCUGUUAUCAAACCAUUGGACACCAUUCAUGAAGACCGAAAAGUCAGAGUACAGAGGACUCAGAGCAGUUUUGAUCCAUUUGACAAGCCACAAACUCAAGUGAAAAGGGUUCAUUCUGAGAACAAUGCGUGUAUUAACUUCAAGAGCUCUUCCAGUGGUAAAGAAUCUCCAAAGUUCAGACGACAUUCCAGCCCCAGUUCACCAACAAGCCCCAAAUUUGGAAAAACUGACUCCUACGAAAAAUUAGAAAAACUCGGUGAAGGGUCCUAUGCAACGGUUUAUAAAGGAAAGAGCAAGGUGAAUGGGAAAUUGGUAGCUCUGAAGGUUAUCAGACUGCAGGAGGAGGAAGGAACCCCUUUCACAGCAAUCAGAGAAGCUUCUUUGCUGAAAGGGUUGAAACAUGCGAACAUAGUACUGCUUCAUGACAUCAUUCAUACAAAGGAAACCUUGACUCUUGUGUUUGAAUAUGUGCAUACGGAUUUGUGCCAGUACAUGGAUAAAUAUCCAGGAGGGCUUCUUCCAGAUAAUGUGAAGCUCUUUCUGUUUCAGCUGCUGCGGGGUCUCGCCUACAUUCAUCAGCAAUACAUCUUGCACCGAGAUUUAAAGCCUCAGAACCUGCUGAUCAGUGAUACUGGAGAACUGAAACUGGCAGAUUUCGGACUUGCCCGGGCCAAGUCGGUACCCAGCCACACAUACUCCAACGAGGUAGUUACUCUGUGGUAUAGACCUCCAGAUGUCCUCUUGGGCUCCACAGAGUAUUCCACUGGCCUCGACAUGUGGGGUGUGGGUUGCAUUUUUGUCGAAAUGAUUCAAGGAGUCGCUGCAUUCCCUGGAAUGAAGGAUAUUCGGGAUCAAUUGGAGCGAAUAUUUUUGGUUUUGGGAACUCCAACAGAGGAAACCUGGCCUGGAGUUAGCUCUUUACCGUACUUGAAAACAGAUCGCAUCACACAGCACAGUUCUAAAAAACUUAGACAAGCAUGGAAUAAACUAGAUUAUGUGCCCCAUGCGGAAGAUCUUGCCUCCAAAUUUCUACAGUGCUUCCCAAAGAAAAGACUGUCGGCUUUAUCGGCUCUAAACCAUGAGUACUUCAGUAAUCUUCCCCCACGGCUGUGGGAGCUCUCAGAUAUGUCUUCUGUUUUCGCCGUGCCCACUGUGAAACUACAGGCCGAAGUGGAUGAUAGUUCAAGGGUUUUUGGGAGAAGCAACAGCCAUGGAAAAGGCUUUCUGAACCACAAGCAUUGAGGCGUUCUGAACUCUGGUACCAAUGUACCAAUACAAAGGUAUUUUCAUCAUCAGUUCCAAAGAGCAGCUAAAGAAACAGGAAAGCAAAGGAACUCAAGCACCUAUUUUCUUGUUGAUAGUCAUGUUAGCGGAUGGCUGCUGUUGUUAAGACAAUUCUUGCCAUUUGCAUUGUGUGGGUUUAUUUGUGGUUGUGCUCUGAAUUUGACAUCUUGAAUGCUAAACCAUGACAUGCAAGAACCACCUCUUUUUUAAUAGUUUGUUUAGAGAUUCAAUUUGCUGAUAAAUGAUCUGUGCUGCUUUACAGGGUCUUGUCUGUCAGUCUUUUGAUUUCCUGUGGUAGCGUAGCAUUCUUGUACAGCACAUUCAGAUUUCACUGGCAACAUUGAAAUUCUGAAGAUUUUUUUUUGAAACUAUCUUGAGCAUGCCAGGAAACCCUAUGAUGCCAGCAUUACAAAGCAAUCAACAGUGGCAUGAAAGACAUUGCAUAUGUUUUACAAAAAUCAGCAUACCUUUGUAUACAAUUGAAAUGAAAUAGCUUGUGAGGCACUGUUAACAUUUGUGACAGUGCUCCAGCUGGGAUCUUGCAAAAAACAUAGAUAAGUCCACGGAUGAUGAGGUGAACUGCAGUGUUUAAAAUAGUGUGCACUAUCAUGAGGAUCGCUGGCUUAGCUUUUUAAAAGAAUAAAAAAACAUGUAUAUAAUGGGAUCUCUCUUUAGCCCCUAUGUAUUCUCGAGUUAGAUUUAUACUCAAUUCUUUGUUACUGCAGAUCCUGGAUAAGCAUUAUUACUGAAAGUCUGUUCUUGCUAUAAACUCCAUUAUGAGGUAACUAAUUUAAAAAGCAGAGCUAAAAUCUCUAAGCAGGAACCAUGGGAUUCUUCAAAUACCAUAGGUGGCCUUUUAACCUUAUGUCCUCAAUCCACCCAUUUCUUCCUGUACCAGUUGGAGCACUAAGUUCUACAACUGAGACAAACACUUGAUUUUAUUCCAAUUUAUGAAUGUGCGGAUAAUUUCUACUAAUAUUCUAUUUGGAGUAAAUCUUCAAUAAACAUGAAUUAUUUUUGGUAAUUAUCUGCAAUUAAUUCCCAUUUGUUAUCAUCUUUAUUUGUAUUCUUCAUAAUAUUCCUUGUGCAAACAGAUUUUCAUUAUCACUCACAGACCAUUGGUUACUAUUGCCCUUAUAAACAUCAUAUUUUUCCUGAACAAUGAGAUUUUAUUCUGUUCUUCAGAUUAAAUAUAUUUAAUUUUCCGACUGGUGAUGCACUUAUUUCUACAUGCGUUUCCGAACAGUCCUAUUUCCAAUUGCAAUACCCCCACCUCCCGUAAAACAUUUCAGAAUAUUAAGAAAUCUUUGAGGUGAAUUUAAAAUCGAAGUGUGCUAUUUCAGUUGAAUUUAAAUUAUGCUUCAAUAAGAAAGAAGAUGUAAAAUAAACCUUUGGAUUGUAAAUCAUUUAAAAGUAUACUGCUACAAAUGAUUUGGAUUAAUUCAGGCAUGUGCUGAUAAAUAGAACGGAUUGAAAUUGAAGAUUAAAGGUUGUGUGAAAGUACAAUAUUUGCUUAAUAUUGUUAUUUAUCAUUAAAACAAAUAUAUUGCAAAACAUUCCUGAUUUUUUCCAACUCUUAUCUAAUUGCACAUCAGAAAGGUGUUACUUACAGUUGCUCUGUGUACGAAUCAGUUCUUUCCGUGCUCUGUCCAACAUUAUAUUCACAUUGUAUUCACUGGACCCUAAAUAAGUACAAUAAUGGAUUUUAAGGUAACCGCCCAAAAAUAAAUAGAACCUAUAUUAGCACUUAGUAUUGUGAAUGACAACUUUCAAAAAUGUAACUGUGAUUCUGAUUGUUAAUCAAGUCAAUCAAAAAUAAUUGAUCGUCCACUUUGUUUUAUGAAUUGUUAGAAACUAAGGGUAAUUUUAAAACAAAAAUCUAUUAAAAGCAUAUUGGCAUAAACCUAAUAUCAUGGAAGAUAAAGUAUUUUUAAGCAGUUUAUGAACUAUAUAUGAUUGUGGCAUCAAAUUGGAUCAAAUUUGGAAAAGCUUUCAUGAAUCCACUCAGUUUGUCUAUUUAACUCCAACGUUAUUUUGAUUGGUAUUUCUAUUUUAAUACCUAAUUGUCAAACCAUUUUAAGUUAAAAGCACAUUUUAAGUUUAAGCAUCUAUUCUAUUAAUUACACUGAAGAGCUUGGUGAGUGUGCGCGCUCUGAAAGUUAAUUAUGAAAAAUAUCUUUGGUUUAUCAUUUUGUUUUAAAGCCUGGUAAUGUGGAUAAUUUUCUUUAAGGUCAUUACAAUGGUGAAGCCUCUGUUUAUUGUACGUAUGUAAUAAGGCCCCCGUUCACUUCGUCAAAUGUUAACCUCAUGAUUCAUUUGUUAUUAAAUAAUUUUCACAACUAAUCACAUGACAAUUGCAAUUAGUUUGUGCUUUGUGUUGCUAAGUGAUAUGCAGUUGUGACAUUUGAUUAUUAUGUUCUGUUUUUAUUUAUCAGAUGUUCUAUAAAAAAUAGGUUGCACUGUGUUAUGCAGGCUCUACAAUCACUGAAAUUCAUACUUUUGAAUUUUAGAGGAGAUUAAUAGUGCACUAAGUACUUCAAUUAUGUCAGCAUUUGCACAAGGUGAAAGCAAAAUCCAGGACUUUGAAAUAUAUUAUGAAGUGAACCCAUUUAUUACUUUCCUUUGUAAAUAUUCAUCUUCCAUGUGCUUAAGUAGCACUGAUUUUGGCACACAAUAUUUUUUCCUCAAGCUUUUGUGAGGCACCAGUAGAUAUGAAUAAGCAUCAUUUGAAUCUUGUUUAAACAGAUAAAUAAUUCUUAACUGAGUAAACAUUGAUACAUAGCAAAAAUGCAUAAAUUCAUAAGCAAUCACUGUGCAGAUCUCUGAUAAUCAUAGAUUAUCUGUUCAAAUUAAGGAAUCUCACCUCAUAUAUUAUACUUCUUAAAUGUCCUGUGAAUAUUUAUGCUUUUUUGUAAAAUAAACAUAUAUAAUGUUUGUUCCCUGCCAAGUCUUUACAAAAGAAUAAAAAAUUAAUUUGUUCCCUUCUGAGGACAGUUACAUAAUUGAGGUUACCAUGAUACCUUGCAAAUUUGUUAUUGAUUUGAUUCUAUGGGCAUAUAUAAGAGAACCUCUGUAUGUUUAAAUGCUGUACCGCCAUGUAAAUUCAUUGAGUAUUGAAGCCCUGGCCGGUAUCUCAAACAUGAAUCUGUAAAGUGCUGUUCACAGAAACUGCACUUGUAUGCUUCAAUUGUUUUUUUGCAGGAUGCAUCUAUUAAACUACGUCUUAUUGAUAUGCUGUUGUUUGGUACGGAAACAGAAAAUAUGCAUAAAAUAACAAUAAAUGACACAAACAAGAACAUCUAGAAUGUAGACACAUAGUGUAACUGUUGCAUUCUUUGUUAGACCUAUAUGUAGUGUAUUAUUGCAGAUGUAUUAAUUGUAUGUCCUGUAACUGGUUUCUUGUAACAUGAAAAUAAAAUAUAGUGCAGCUAA